ACUGUCUUCUUGUAAAAAAGUGGGAAAAAGUGAACUCGAUCAGGUUUAAAAUAAGUAUUUAAAAUUAUACAAUUAUUAGUCUCAGUCAUCGUCUAUCUGUCUGAAAACAAACAUGGCUGAUGCUAAAAAUCCAGAAGUGAAAAGCUCUGUUGAAGAAAAACCCAAGCAGCCAUCGGAAGAUGAGAAAUUGAAGGCUAAGUACCCUGGAGGACUGAAGAAGAAUUUUGCUCAAGCAAGGCUUCAACAUCGUGGAGGGGUGAAGUACUUUGAUUCAGGUGACUAUCAAAUGGCUAAAACGAGCAACAAAGGACCUCUUGCAGAUCUUGGUGCUGCAAUUCCUAAACCUGAAAAUAUUCCUCAUAGAAAACAGUCUGUUCCUAGUAAAUUAGCUAGUCCAACAUCUGUCAGCGUGCAAGAUUAAACUUCUGCCUGUGUAUAUUGCAUUAAUCUGCUGCUAUGGGAUAAAAAUGGUGAAAUGUUACAUGGCAAGAAUCUGUGUUCAAGUUCUACAAAGAUGCACUCCUUAUCAAAAGAAAAACAAUUGUACAUUUAUAAAUAAGAGAACACAGACAAUUAUUUGUGCAUUUAGUGCAUGUUGAGUUUAACAUUAGAUGUUAGCCUGAAUAUAGGACAGAGUAAAUUAGCAAUUAUGACAUGUUUUUUGUUAUUUUAUGAGAAUUGUUUAGUAAGCUGCACUAAGAAUUAAGUCAAAAAUAGCAGUACUUCAUUGAGAACAUUUUGUUUGUGAAACUAUGUUAUAGUUUUAAUUUUUUCUUGCUAACCUCUAACAUUACCAUUAA